CAAAAAAAAAAUAAAAAAAAAUAGUGGUUUGGACUCGACUUCCAUCAUCUGAAGUUCUGAACUAUCCCACAACGCUUGGCCAUCGUGACAGCAAGCAGUUUGCGUCGACAGUUAAAACAGUCAGCGACAUAGAAAUGGUGGCGACAACUGCCUCAGCCACAGUAACUGGAGUCUCCAGCCUUCGCUACUCUUCCAGGUCGGACCACCGGCGGAUAAGGCCCGCAAAGAAGGUCACGGGUUACACAAAAUUCGUCAUCCACUACCCAAACUGCUUCUCUUCCACGAGGGUAAAAGGUUCUUUGCCUAUCCGAGCUCUUGACCCUCGAAGAGGAGGAGGAGGAGAAGAAGAAGAAGAGAGUUCAGGCAUCGCUAACACUACAAGCGCUUCAAACUCUCAGGACGAUCUGGAAUAUCUGGGGAAGGUUGUAGCUGGUUCCAUUGUGGCUUCAGCUGUUAUAAAGUAUGGAAGCAUAGUUUUUCCUGAGAUAACCAGACCCAACAUCGUACAGGCUCUUAUCAUGAUAUUAACUCCUGUUAUUGUAGCCGUUUUGCUUUUGAUCAAGCAGAGCCGUGCAGAGGGGCGAAGCUAGGAAUGCAGGCCUGUAAUUUAGCACAUAUCCUCUUCGUAUAUAAGACAAAUUUAGCUGGUUUUAUAAGAACGUAUAAGCAAUCAGAUUUUCCUGGGUAGCAAGAUUGAGAUAUGGUUGAUUGUAUGAUGAGGUGCUGUGCAAAUGCAUUUUUACAAAAGCAAAAUAAAGAAAAGAGAAGCUUGAUGAUGCAAAACAAUUUCUAAUCUUAAAGAUUUUGUUCUGUUUAAAACUCAAUAUCUAUAUUUCUGCGGGUCUUGAAUGUUAGAAUCAUACUACAUCAUGGAAGCUAUUGUUACACACACAAUUACUGUUGUAGCUUAACCCUUGUGUCCAGUUUCAGUCACUUCAUGAGCCCUGUAUUCCGGAACUGUGAACCCCAAAAGAAGGUAAUUCAUCAAUAUUUGUGGAGCUGCUACAAGAAUUCCAGUGAUUUCUUCCACAUCCAUUUGAAAGCACUGCCUGUAACAUCCAUUUGGUCUACUUGAAAGUAAAUUCAAAUACAGGGAAAAUCUUCAAUCGCUGAGAUAAGAAAAUCCCAUAUUACAUGGAAAUUGUAUAUAAAACCCAAGAGAAGGCGACAAGCCAGAAAAAA